AUGGAAAGAGAAAAUAUGAGUUUCCAAAGUAUGUUUGUACUGUUGGGCUUCUCCGAUCAUCCGUGGCUGGAGAGGCCUCUCUUUGGUGUGGUCUUAGUCUUCUAUAUCUUGACCAUGUUGGGAAAUGGCUUCAUCAUCCUUCUUACUGUGGUGGAUCCCAGACUUCACACUCCUAUGUACUUCUUCUUAGAUAACCUCUCUUUGUUAGACCUCUGUAUUACCACCAUUAUUUUGCCACAGUUGCUGGCUAAUCUCUGGGGACCACAGAAGACAAUAGCUUUCAGAAGUUGCUUCACACAGGCCUAUUUCUUCCACUUGAUAGCAUGUACUGAAUGCAUCUUGCUAACAGUGAUGGCCUUUGAUCGGUAUGUGGCUAUCUGUCAACCGCUCCAGUACAGCCUCAUCAUGCGUCCCCAGUUGUGUAUGCAGUUGGCAAUUUUAGCCUGGGGCAGUGGCCUAGCCAAUUCACUACUCCAAGGCACUCUCACACUCAAGCUCCAUUAUUGUGAUCACCAUACUCUGGACCAUUUCUUCUGUGAGCUGCCUGUUCUGAUCAAGUUGUCCUGCGAAGACACCACUGCUAAUGAUCUGACACUGAUUGUGGGAGCCACUCCCUUUGUGUUACUGGCUCCACUACUUGUGCUGGUGUCUUACGCCUUAAUUACCAGGGCUGUGGUGAAAUUACCAUCAGCUGAAGGAAGACACAAGGCCUUCAGCACCUGCAGUUCUCACAUGGUGGUCGUCACUAUGUAUUAUGGGCCAGCCAUCUACAUGUACCUACAGCCCCCUAACAAUAGCACCCAGGCCAAGUUCAUAUCUUUUUUUUAUUGUCUAAUCACUCCACUGCUGAAUCCACUCAUCUACACCUUGAGAAACAAAGAUGUGAAGAGAGCAUUGAAGAAGAUUCUAAAAUCCUAA